GCAGCACAUUCAGCCUCAGCCUUUUUGCUCUCUGCUCUCCAGCAGUUUCAUCGCUCAGCGGGCAGCGCUGGCUCGCUCCGAUAUUUCAGCUCGCUGUGGAUUGUGGGAGUCCAGGAGGACGUUGCCCAGGCUUGUUCCAAGAGAACCGGAGACAUUUUUCGCCGUGCCCUGUUUUAGCUUGACACUGGUAGCGCUCUCAGCACCAUGUCCAGCCGAGGAGGAAAGAAGAAGUUGACCAAAACAUCCCGGUCCACCAAGGCCGGGGUCAUCUUCCCUGUGGGACGCAUGCUGCGCUACAUCAAGAGGGGCCUGCCCAAAUAUCGUAUCGGGGUGGGAGCACCCGUCUACCUGGCUGCUGUCCUCGAGUAUCUUACUGCGGAGAUCUUGGAGUUGGCCGGUAAUGCAGCCAGAGACAACAAGAAGGGUCGUGUCACACCACGACACAUCCUGCUGGCCAUUGCCAACGAUGAGGAGUUGAACCAGUUGCUGAAAGGGGUGACUAUCGCAGCAGGGGGAGUCCUGCCCAACAUCCACCCAGAGCUGCUGGCUAAGAAGAGAGGAGCAAAGGGAAAACUGGAGACACCAGUCUCACCCGCCCCCGAGAAGAAACCCAAACCUGUCAAGAAAACAGCGACCAAGAAACUGAGUGGGAAAAAGGCAGGAGGGAAGGCUAAGAAGCAGGGUGAGGUGAGCAAGGCAGCGUCGGCAGACAGCACCACAGAGGGAUCUCCAGUUGACAGCUUCACCGUGCUCUCCACCAAGAGCCUCUUCCUGGGUCAAAAGUUACAAGUUGUCCAAGCCGACAUUUCCAUCGUGGAGAGCGACGCUGUCGUUCACCCGACGAGCUCCUCCCUCUAUACAGGUGGUGAAGCUCUGCUCUGGAAAAGAAGGGAGGGAAGGAGUUCACUGAAGCGCUGCAGGAGCUGAAGAAGAAAAACGGCCCCCUGGAGGUGGCAGGCGAUCACACAUGCAGCGUGACUGGCUUUCGCUCCGCUGUGUGAAGUCUCUCCAUCUUCCAUGGUGCCAUCUGGAAAUCAGCUCCUCCUCAGCUUUGACUCCAGUGCAGUCACACGUUCGCUGUGGGCUAAUAAAAUCUGACUGGAGGCUUUCUCACUUCAGAGUCAGGGAUUUGGCUGAGUUAUUCUGUCUACAGCUGCUGGUUUGAGGGAAGACCAAAUGUUUCAACUCCAGAGAACAGAUUCCUCUGUUCUCUCUUCUUCUCUCUGUUUCCUGCUCCACUUCUCCUUUUUUCUUUUUUCCUUUCCAGCUGUCUGGAGAAGUGAUUUCUCUGGCCCACCUCACUGUAAUGCCCUGUUCAAACCAUUUUAAGCUCUUAGAGAUUUGCUACAUACAUUUUCCACAAAGCAAAGUGUUAUUUUAGCAACUUGGCCUCCAAACUGAACAUCAGGUUUUGACUUUUGACAAACUGGUUAAUGAAGCUGACUUUGGCUGUAGACGAUGGACGCAUGAGGAAAUCCAGCAGCAUGUCAGAAGUUCAUUCACUGUCUGACUAAACAAAACUAGCACAGAUUUGUUUUGUACUGAUUUAACUAAAUAAUGCAAGUGGGUGUGUGAUUACAGACAUUGUUCUUUCAUUUUGUUUCAUUAUGUUUUUAGUGUCAGUUUUUGGCCUUACAGAUGAAUGUCAUCCAGUUUCUUGUCUCUUUUUGUUUACUGAGGUUUUAGAAUAUUUGAUAUGUUAUAGCUUGGUAACAGUGACUCUUGUUUCAACUCUGCUUAGGGCUGAAAGAUUAGUUGAUUGAUUGAUUAGUCAAACAUUCACUAGGUCAGGCUUUUUGAGUCGCGAUGAUUUGGUGAUUUUCUCUGCUUUACGUCAUUGGGAAGUAAAUACAUUUAGAUUGUGGACUAUUUGUAACAGUUUGUUUGGUAGGCCAAAAUUAGGUUUCCCCUCUGAAGCUAGGAAGAAACUUGUUCAAGCCAUCUGUAUAUCUGUGAUUGACCAUGGGGAUCUGUUGUACGUGACAAGCACCAUCAUCUCUGCUAGGAAAACUAGUAAUAAUACGAAAAAAGAGUAAUAAAACUAAUAAUACUAGUAAUAAAACUAAUAAUAACUUAUUUUUAAAGCGCCUUUCACAGGACCCAAGGACGUUUUACACAUAACUAUAGACAGACAGAACAAAAAGGUCAUUCAAGAUUGAAUGCCUUCAUAAAUCAAGAGAGGGAGCAUUUCGGAUCUGUGUGGGGAUGGAGUUCCAGAGGGUGGGGGCUGUGACGCUGAAGGCUCUGUCCCCAAAAGUCCGGAGUCUGCUGUGGGGGACAGAGAGCAAGUCCUUGUCGGUGGACCGCAUGGCCUUCUCUAGCUUAACGUAGGCGGUUACAUUUGAAUGUUUUUACUUAUAAGGCAAUCCUGUGCAAAUUACAGAGUUACCUUUUAUAGCCUGAUUAACUUUGUGGUCAGUAGUUGCAAAACACGGUCUAGCAGGCUACCACGGAGUUCAAGUCCCUGGUUGAAGAUGUCCUUAAGGAAGAGUGCUGAUACUUGCAGUGUAAUUAGGUGUCUUGGAAGAUGUUUUAAUGUAUUGUAUUGUCAUGUGUGUCAGUGUAACUUUUAAAUGCUGUUUUGCUGCCUUUCUUGGCCAGGUCUCCCUUGAAAACAAAAAUUAGAUCUCAAUGGGCUUCUUCGUUUUUAAAUAAAAGUUUAACAAUUAACCUUUUAAAAAUUAAAAAACAAAACAAGCAGUGGAUCACGGGAAAUUGUGAUAGACAUUUUUCACAUUUUUUUUUGCCAUUUUAUAGACCUAAUAAUUGGUAUAUUGAAAAAAUAAUCAAGACUUAUUUGCAAUUAAAAUAAUUAAUAAUUCAUUUAUUACAGCCCAAAUUUGAUUCCUCAGAGAUUCUCAAAGAAUUCUUAAUAUUAUAAUGAAUGUGCAAACAAGGGACACGUUUGUGAAACAGAAACAUUUUAUUUCCACGAGGAAUGCUAUUACUUUUAUCAUCCUCACUUCUUACCAAACUUUCCUACCUGAAGUCCUUUUUACUCCCUCUCUUCCUUUGCUUUGUCCCCAUCUUUGUUUCCUGUCCUCUUUCCUUCUCAUCUUAUUAACUGCUCUUCAUCCUUUUGUCUGUCCAUC